CACUCACUCACUAUGGGCGUCUCCAGCUUCGGCAACAAGAUAAGAUAGCUCACAGGAGCAUGAACUACCACGGGGCAAUGGGAGGGCGCUGCUUCCUGAACCUCCUCCCCUGCUCCACGACCCCCUGCAAAGCCGGCGUCGGCAUCGGCACGCCCGCUUCGUCGUCAUGCCCCAACUCCGUCCACCACCACCGCACCCGAUCAGCGCGCGGCCCGAGGAGAAACGCGGCCGCCAGGGUGUCCUGCUCCGCCGCAGCCGCGCAGGCGCCGCCGUCGCAGAGCACCAUCAAGGUGGUCAUCGUCGGCGCGACCAAGGAGAUGGGGAGGGCGGCGAUCGCGGCGGUGAGCAGGGCGCGGGGGAUGGAGCUGGCGGGCGCCAUUGACACCCAGUGCAUUGGGAUGGAUGCAGGAGAGUUAAGUGGCAUGGACGAAGCCCUGGAGAUCCCGGUGCUCAACGACCUCACCAUGGUUCUCGGCUCCAUAGCACAGGUACCAAUUGGCACAAUCUUCAUCCGUGAAACGAUGAUUUAUCUAUCAUGUGCUUCUUGUCGGGUGCGCGUUUCGCUGACCGCAGGCAGAUUCUGCUCUUUUCAGACAAGAGCGACUGGUGUGGUUGUUGAUUUCAGUGAACCUUCAUCCGUCUACGACAAUGUCAAGCAGGCAGCAGCAUUUGGCUUAAGCAGUGUGGUAUACGUUCCGAAAAUCGAGAUGGACACAGUAACUGAACUGUCAGCAUUCUGCGACAAGGCAAGCAUGGGUUGCUUGGUCGCACCGACACUGUCGAUCGGCUCGGUGCUCCUUCAACAAGCUGCAAUCCAGGCCUCAUUCCACUACAACAACGUCGAGAUAGUGGAAUCAAGACCUAACCCAUCGGACUUGCCAUCGCCAGACGCGAUACAGAUUGCGAAUAACAUAUCUGAUCUUGGUCAGAUAUACAACAGACAAGAUAUGGAUUCCGAUAAUCCAGCCAGAGGUCAGGUACUCGGAGAAGAUGGAGUGCGUGUGCACAGCAUGGUUCUUCCAGGACUUGCCUCAAGCACGUCGGUCGUUUUGUCGGGCCCCGGAGAGGUUUACACCUUGAAGCAUGAUGUUACAGAUGUCCAGAGCCUGAUGCCAGGACUGAUUCUGGCAAUACGGAAGGUGAUACGGUUGAAGAACUUGAUUUAUGGCCUGGAGAAGUUCUUGUAGGAAUUAUUCGAGUAACAUAUCCAGAGAACUACAUUUACUGAGCUUCCUAUUGUUCUUCAUAAGAGAUGAAAUGGGAUCAAAUCAGUUCUGUCUUUACUCAUGAUCAGAAAGAGUGCCAAUGGCAAGGCGGAUUCGAGAACCCUAUAAACAUGGCGCACAAUUUUGAAAAGAAUGGCUCCACCAUGCAUAAGAUGACACUCCUGAUGGUGCUCCAGACAAUAAGCAAGCAGAUGACAUGGUCUCAGGGGUUGUACCUGAUGACUUGCUAUACUUUCAGAGGUUUUUCAGAACCACAAUAUUGGAGAAAAAUUAUAUGGGUCCGCUAUGGCGCGGCCUUUCUAGUGUACCAACUUUUUUGUAA